AUGCGUGCCAACCAGACACACGAAACGCGGAGAGGCUCGCCUCCCCCCACUCCCCCGAUCCUCAGAGCGUCCAACCUGUGGUCGGAGGAGGAGGACAACGUGCUUAUAAAGCGAUACAGGGAAUUCCGAGCGAGGGGAAAAUUACAGGGAUAUUCCCAAUAUAUAGCCAUGUGCCUCCCAAAGAAGACCGACCGGCAAGUCCGGGAUCGGACAAGAACGCUAAAAGAAGCUGGGAUAUUGGUGGAACCAAAGAAGGCAGAACAACAGCCCCCCUCGCCGGAACCCCGUGAAACACAGGCCCCUGAAGAGCCAGAGUAUACUGAAGAGACACCUGAAUUGACGCAAAAAGAAUCACCAGAGCCGCUCCUGAACAUGACCAUCAGAUCUAUAACCCUGGAGCCCGAGCCGGAGGGCGCAAUGAAGCCGGGGCAGUCAGUAGAGCCCCAACUAUCUGGGCGACCAUCUAGAAGACAGAGAUUGCUAAAAUCAAAACCGCCAUCAAGGCCCCCUCUGUCAGGACCCCCUCCAUCAGAGACCCCUCCAUCAGGUCCCCCAGUGUCCCCUCCAUCAGGGUCCCCUACAUCAGGGUCCCCAGAGAUCCCUCCAUCAGGGCCCCUCCAUCAGAGACCCCUCCAUAAGGUCCCCUAUCAGAGACCCCUCCAUCAGGGCCUCAUCCAUUUGGGCCCCUCCACCAGGGCCCCCUCCAUCAGGGUCCCGUACAUCAGGACCCCCUUCACCUCUUGUUGCCCCCUCACCUAA